UCUCUAUUUCUCACAUUCAAAUCACUAACGAUGGCUCGUCAAGACGUUAUCUUCCUCUCGGUCCUCAUCACCACAAUCGCCAUCAUUGUAUCCGCAGAAAAAUGCCAAUACCUAAUAUAUGUCCAAACCGGAACGAGAAAAAACUCCGGCACAGAUUCGAACAUAGGGGUUAUAUUGGCCGACAAAGACGUGUACAUCGAAAUUAAAGACCUAGUGAGUUGGGGUGGGACUACGCCAGGUCUAGACUAUUUCGAGAACGGUGAUCUGGAUACUUUCAAUGGGACGGAGCGGUGUCUUCCCAACCCAGUAUGUUUUAUGAAACUAUUCUCUGACGGCUCCGGCAACAAGCCCGGCUGGUAUGUUCAGUACGUGAAUGUAACAACGAGCAAGAUUGGAACUUGGAACACUCAUCAGUUCACUGUGGAGCAAUGGCUUGCCCUCAGUGAGGAACCGUAUCAGCUAUCUACUGAACGAGACGACUGCCAUUCUGUGAUUUCUUGAAUCA